CGUCCCCGCCGCCUGACGCUGACCAAUGAGCUCCUCGGCGGUUGGAUCGAACGUCGAGAGCGCGCGGCAGACUCCACAGCAGCCCGCGGUCUUCCCGCUGCUCGGACUUCUGGGAAACGUCGCAUCCGGCUCGGCUCUGACCCGAAACAAAGAGUCACCUUCCACGUUUUGUCCUCUGACAGCUACAUCAGCGGAGGGUCCGGACGGCGUGUCAGCGGCGGCACGUGAUACCGGCGGGAGGCAGGCGUGUUCCUGUUUCACGGGUGUUACCGGGAGGAGGAGAAGAAGGAGGUGGGAGGAGGGCUUUCUUUCAUUGUACCGUGGAUGCGGCUCACUGCCCGGUCCGGCUGCCAGAGGAUUCUUCCGGCCUCCCGCUAGCUGUUCGGAACCACAACAAAGGAAGACGGACAGUGAAUGUGGACGUUUCGCUUGGAGGCAGUGACGUAAAAACACUCCCCGACAUUUUAAACGGUUUCGGAGUGUUUGUGAGGAGGGGGCUGACGUCGGUCCGACACGCAGGGAGGGUCCGUUCAGGCGCGGUCAGGAAAACCCAACAAUGAGGAUUCCAGCGGGACGGUUCGCCUUUGUGUGACGGGACCGCAUGAAGCCGAGCUGAAGCCUCCACGGCCGGGACGGGUUUAGUUCGAGUGUUUUAGUCAAGGAGCCGCGCGGGAGGGAGUCGGGAGCGGAGGGCAGAACCCCCGCGAGGGAGAAGCGCACGCGGACGGAGACCCGCGGCGGGCGGGAACCACCAUGGCGAACGACGCUGUCCAAAGUGACCCAGGCGGCCUGUCGGUUCUGGAGCUGCUUGGUCUGGACCACAGCUCAGACUUCUCCGACUCGAGCGUUCAGCAGCUUCUGGACGAGCAGCGAGAGAGGAUCCGCAGAGAGAUCCGGAAGGAGCUGAAGAUAAAGGAAGGAGCCGAGAACCUGCGCCGGGCCACCACCGACAAGAGGAACGCGCAUCAGGUUGAGAGUCAGCUGCGGUCGUCGAACCGUCGCCUCGAUCACCUUCACGCUCAGCUGCAGGAACUGGACGCUCACAUUGUGGUGAAGGGAGGAGAGGAGAAUAAAGAUGAGUGUCCUCAGUCUCCGGGGGCCGAGAGCCGAACGUCGGCUCACAAAGAACGCAUCGCAGCCCUGGAGAGGCAGCUCAACAUCGAGCUGAAAGUCAAGCAGGGGGUGGAGAACAUGAUCCCCAUCUACGCCAACGGAUCCACCAAGGAUAAGAAGAUGCUGCAGACGGCCCAGCAGAUGCUGCAGGACAGCAAAACGAAAAUCGACAUCAUCCGAAUGCAGAUCCGGAAGGCGGUUCAGGCCACCGAGCACAGCGACGACCCACAGGCGAACCACGACCUCUGCGGCGUGGAGCUGCGCGUGGAGGAGCUGAGGCAUCACUACAGGGUGGAGCACGCCGUCGCGGAGGGGGCCAAAAACGUCCUGAGGCUCCUCGGGGCCAACAAAGUCCAGGACAAGAAGGCUCUGUCUGAGGCACAGUCCCGCCUCAGCGAGGCGUCGCAGCGCUUGGACCUUCUGAGGGACUCCCUGGACCGCCGUUUAGCCGAGCUGCCAGAGGACCAUCCCAAAGCCAACGUCAUCAAAGAGGAGCUGGUCCUGGCCGCCUCACCGGCCUUCAGCUCCCGCCAUGGCGCCCCCUACCUGCAAAACCAGUACAGCACGCUCAACAAGCCGUCGCCUCUCACCGGAACCCUCCAGGUGCAGCUCCUGGGCUGCGUCGGGCUGCUGGAAACGGUCCCGGGUCGCAGCAAAGGGUCGGCCGUGACCCUGCCCUGCUACAGCCCCGGAGACAGCCGGUCCUUCAUGAGAAGCAGCAAGGGUCUGUACGGACGCACCGGCUCUGUGAGCGGCAAAACGCCCAGCAAGAGCGAGGAGCUCUCCUCUGAGGUGAGCGCGGUGCUGAAGCUGGACAACGCCGUGGUGGGUCAGACGGCGUGGAAGAUGGUCGGAGAGCAGGCCUGGGACCAGACCUUCACCGUGGAGCUGGAGAGGUCCAGAGAGAUGGAGAUCGCCGUUUACUGGAAGGAUUACCGCUCUCUGUGCGCGCUGAAGUACCUGAAGCUGGAGGAGUUCCUGGACAACCAGAAGCACCGAGUGCAGCUGGAGCUGGAGCCUCAGGGGCUGCUGCUGGCCGAGGUGACCUUCUUCAACCCGGUCAUUGAGAGGGUUCCUCGCCUCCAGAGGCAGAAAAAGGUCUUUUCUAAGCAGCAAGGAAAGGCCUUCCUGCGGGCCCGUCAGAUGAACGUGGACAUCGGGACGUGGGUGAGGUUGCUCCGGAACGCCAUCCCCACUGUGAACAACUCGGGGACCUACAGUCCCAUCGCACACAACCUGUCGCUCAACUCCGGGGAGAUCUCAGUGGAGAAGUUGAGUCUGGACAGCGAUACUCCGCUAAGAGGAGAUUACAAAAGAGACCCGGACCAGCAGACUCCGGACGUACUACCAGUCAUUGACUCCCUCCCCCCACAAGACCUCCUCCCCGAGUCCCCCGUCCGAACCCCGUCUGCCAACAGCAGGCAGAAGAAAGGCCCCCUCUCGCUGCAGGACUUCAGGCUGAUCGCCGUGUUGGGCAGAGGACACUUUGGAAAGGUGUUGCUCUCAGAAUAUAAGAAGAGCGGCACAAUGUACGCCAUCAAAGCUCUGAAGAAAGGAGACAUCAUCGCUCGGGAUGAGGUGGACAGUCUGAUGUGUGAGAAGCGGAUCUUCGAGAUCGUGAACAUGUCGCACCAUCCGUUCCUCAUCAACCUGUUCGCGUGCUUCCAAACGUCGCAGCACGUGUGUUUCGUGAUGGAGUACACGGCGGGGGGCGACCUGAUGAUGCACAUCCACACCGACGUCUUCUCCGAGCCUCGAGCCGUGUUCUACGCGGCCUGUGUGGUUCUAGGACUUCAGUUUCUUCAUGACCACAAGAUCGUGUACAGAGACCUCAAGCUGGACAAUCUGCUGCUGGACACGGAUGGUUAUGUGAAGAUCGCCGACUUUGGACUCUGUAAAGAAGGGAUGGGCUACGGGGAUCGGACCAGCACCUUCUGUGGGACUCCCGAGUUCCUGGCCCCUGAAGUCCUGACGGACACGUCCUACACCAGAGCUGUGGACUGGUGGGGGCUGGGGGUCCUCAUCUACGAGAUGCUGGUGGGAGAGUCUCCGUUUCCAGGCGACGAUGAGGAGGAGGUGUUCGACAGCAUUGUGAAUGAUGAAGUGCGAUACCCUCGCUUCCUCUCCACCGAGGCAAUCGGCAUCAUGAGAAGACUGCUGAGGAGGAACCCAGAGAGGAGGCUGGGAUCUGGAGAGAAGGACGCCGAGGAGGUGAAGAAGCAGCCGUUCUUCAGGAACGUGGACUGGGAGGCGCUGCUGCAGAGGAAGGUGCCCCCCCCCUUCGUCCCCUCCAUCCGCGGCAAAGAAGACGUCAGCAACUUCGACGAGGAGUUCACCACCGAGCCGCCGGCGCUCACGCCGCCGCGCGAGGCCCGCUCGCUCACGCGAAAAGACCAGGACUGCUUCCGGGACUUCGACUACGUCUCCGACCUCUGUUAACGGCCCCCGGGGAGGGCUUAUUAGGGGUGGGGGCGGAGCUCUCUGCGGCGUCCGCCGGCUGUUAACUACACUGUGAACGAACGAACGAACGGACGCAGCGUCCGUGUGUCUGCAGGGGUCGGGAUUGUGGGGAGAAGAUGUUACAACCCAGAAUAAUGAAAGGCCUCCUUUUGGGGGGGUCACCUGUGCAGCUGGAGGAGGAGGAGGAGCUCGCCGUCAUUUCCUCAGUGGCCUCUCGUACCAAUGCCUUACAUUUUUACCUGUAUUUAUUCCUUCCUUCCUGCGCUCUGUGUCCCUCCGUCUGCAGCAGGUGUGGUGAAGGUGAGGGGGGCACACAGGUGGGGGUUUAUUUAAAGCUAUAUCAGAACGAUGAAGUGAAUGAUGGGGGGUGAACCACUCCUGUGGAUGAUUUCUCCACAAACUGUUUUCUACACUUUUGCUGCUUGGAUUUUACUACAGUAUCGUGCAGACGGCUCGUAUUUUUAGAGGCUUUUAUGAAGCAGAACUUCAAGUAGGUUUUUAAAAGAACAUGUGAACACUAAACUCCGCUCGUGGAGUCAGAGACGCAGCUUUCCCGUCUCCGUCUUCAGAACUUCAGCCGUCGGAAAGCUGGACCCGUUUUCCGGAAAAGCCAAACAAACCUCAGCCAUAUUUCUGCAGAAAGUCAGUGGAGUUUCUGUUUAACCAUGAGAGAAAAACAAGGAGGAAUCAUGGAAACGACGAAAAGUUUGGGUCGGUUUUACUUAUCUGGAGUACGACGAUACGAAACCCUUCAAUGUAUGAGCUGACUUCUUUUAUAAAGAAAUUCUACAGAGAA